GCCACCUGUCAGUGUCCAUCAGUGCCUUAUGUCAGUGCUCAUCAGUGCCAUGUGCCAGUGUCCAUCAGUGCCACAUCAAUGCCACAUAUCAGCGCCUACCAGUGCACAUCAAUGCCACAUAUCAGUGCCCAUCUGAGCUGCCUUUCAGUGUCACCCAUCAGUGCCAGUCAGUGCCACCUAUCAAUGCCAAUCAGUGCCACCCAUCAGUGCUGCCAAUCAGUGCCACCUAUCAGUGCCAGUCAGUGCUACCUAUCAGUGCACAUCCUGCAGCCUCAUUAGUGCACAUCAGUGAAGGAGAAAAAUCACUUAUUUACAAAAUUUUAUAA